CAUUUUUUAUUAAAAAAAACAUAGUGCCAACAGAUAUGCUUUCUAUAAUUCUGUCACUAUAUCCUAUUGAAAUUGAAAGUCACAAAAAUAUUCUCUGGUUCCCUGGCUCCCCACCAAACCGUUUCACAUGAUCAUUUCACAACAUGAAAAGUCCACCAUGCUGGGGAAAAAAUGGAGGGUUAUGAGUCAUUAAAAAGUGAUUAACAUCUCUCCAGAGAGAGGGGUCUGAUCUGCUUAUCAGCCCUUAUUUAAUUGGACUGUGAAAAAAAAAGGAUUGACAGAUGAGCAUGGAAGGCCCCUCCCUUUCUCUCUCAAGUUGUUAGUAGGGCUGUUACAGGAAAGAAGUAUAUAUUUGGGGAAAUGAACUAGCCUGCAGAACAACUGCCAAUUUGCAGUUGAGAAGAGACAGUAAGAGACAGAGAGAAUAUAUAUGCUGGAGCUGAGAGCAAACUGCCAUCUAUCCAAACAGUCAUUAGAACACUGCACGUGUGUAGGAAUAAGGAAGGAGUUAUUUCAGAGAAUUGCUGGAUUUUUCUCUAUUUUUUUUAUCUGCAGUAGAAAUUCAGACUUUUUUUUUAAAGAUAAUCCUGGCUGCUGUUUAAAGCAAAAGAGCUGAAUUAUUGUCCUCGCUUUAAAGCCAAGAACAGAGCAUAAAAAUACUAAACAUACAUUAAGGUAUUUUUACCGAAUAAGGAGAUGUCUUUGGUAUAUUCAUUGCUUGAAAAAUAAGUAAUUCCCAGAAGAAAGCUGGCAAAAGAGGCCAUUAAAUGUGGAUUAUACCUUAAAGCCUUUAACUUUUGUUUUUUUUAAGGCGAGAAGUUCAUCUGGACACUGAUAGUCACUGAGGAGAAGAAGAUGAUCUUGUGAUGAGCGUGAGGAUGUCAUUGCCCCAUAAUUUGUUUGAUGAGCUCAGGAUUUAUUGAUGAUUGUUUCUGUGUGUGAUCUUUCACUGCGAAUCACUGCAUACACCGAUGGGUCUCUAUGACAGAUGUGGGCUGAGAUGCUGCCCUGAUACUUCAGACUUUACAGGCUUCAUAGCUCAGUGAGUUUUAAUUAUACUUUAUGGACUUUUGAGCAAGUCAGUAGGAGAGAAUUUGUUUUCAACCCAUCCUUUUAUGCGGAGAAAGACCUGGUUGGAUUAAUUGAUGUUUUAUCUCAAACCUUUUGUCUUGGCCAGUCCUUAUCUACACUGAAGGAGCUAUUCUUUUCACUUGUUUUGUGCUGUUAAGUAUCUUUCAAAGACACCUGGAGUGCUUUCCAGCUCAGCUUCUAACUCCUGAAGGAUAUAUUUCCCAGAACAUAAUGAGGUGUUGGGUAUGGCUGUUAGUGGCCAUAGUUCUGUGCCAGCAGCUUUCUGUCGUCCGAGUCCUGGCAGCUAAAAAGGAACGCAAGAAAGGAAAAGACCCACAUCAGUUCACUGAACCCUUUAAUGUCUCCUUGUCUAACAGUGAGGAGUUACAUGAAACUGACAAGCUUUCUGAAACUCCAGAUCCUGGACUACCAGAUGCUUAUACAACCUGGUUGAGGUUUGUUGCCCGAACUGAUGAUGGGGCAAACUCUAAAAAGAAAUGUAAGGGGAAGGAAAAGAAACUGCGUGGACUGUUUGGACCACCAGGACCUCCAGGACCCCAAGGACCACCUGGUCCUCCAGGAAUGCCUGGAGCUGAAGUUACAUAUGAAGUCUUGCUACAGGAUUUCAAACAAUUGCUGAAAGAGGCCACAGAACGUCGCUUGAUGUCAGGUGACAUCCCAGAGCACACCAGUGAGCUUCCCCCCAUUGUGCUGCCAGUUGAGGACCUUUCUCCUUAUCGACGGGUGGAUGAAGCUUUUCAUUGCAGACUUAAGGCACAAGUAAUAGUGGACAAGAAGACUUUGGUGGAGCUCCAGAACUUUCAAAUGCCAUCUUCGAAAGGGUCAUUCCUGAGAGGAUCUGGACUGAAUUUAGAAACAGGGCGCUUCACAGCUUCAGUUCCUGGGAUAUACCAGUUCUCAGCCCAUGUUCAUAUUGAUCACAGUGAGAUCAAGAGUAAGGCUCAGUUGCGUCCUCGUGACAAUGUGCGAGUCUCAAUGUGCAUUGAGUCUAUGUGCCAUCGAUAUACGUCCCUGGAAGUGAUUGCUGGUUUGGAAAGCAACAGUAAGAUAUUCACUGUUCACGUGCAGGGAUUGUUACAGUUGCAGGUUGGCCAGUAUACCUCUAUAUUUGUGGACAAUAGUGCAGGAGCUCCGAUCACUGUACAAAAUGGGUCUGAUUUUAUGGGCAUCCUUAUGGGUCUUUAAGCCAACCCCAAGAAUUGCAGAAAGCUUCUCCUUGACUUCAAAAACCAGCAACACUCCGACAUGCACAUUAACACAAAUGCAAAGAAGGACAAUUCCACGUGGUCCAGUUGAGAUCUGCUCCAGAUGAAAUGCUUGGCAAUUACAGCAUGGGGGAUGGAAAUGACGUACAACACUUUUCCUGUUGCUGCCGCUGCUGCUUAUAGACUUUCCACUUCCAGAGAAACAUAUUUCAGAGAAAAUGCUUUGCAAGUUUGUUUACCAACGAAGGAGUUAAUAUAUAUAUAUAUAAAUAUAUCUUCUGGACACUGUAAAAAUAUAGAUUUAAGCAGAGGAACCUGUCCCCCCCCCCUUUUAAUUUCUUUUGCUAUGGGUUGAGUCCUGGAAUACGAUGGGGAGCUCAAAAAGUGCAUAUAUUUUAAGACUUUGCUGAUACUGAUGAAUCAACUACUACGGACAUGUUUUUUAAUGAGAACUAUUUGCUGUGGUUCCUGUGUUGAUCAGUGAGGAACCAAAGAAAAAUGAAAAAAGAAUCACAACAGAGGGAUCAUGUGGUUAUUUUUGUGACACUAUUAUUCCACAGAUUGUUAGGGGCCCUGUAUUGUUUUUAUAUCAUAAAGUGCUGCGUACAAUGGCUGUAUGUUAAUAAACAGUACUUUCAUAUUAAUUCAA